AAGCAGUAGUCAGGUAGGAGGGAGGGUCAGGUGACAGGGACUUCCAACAUGACCUGGAAUAACAAAGGCUUUGAGUGUCUCUGACAGGGACGACACGGAGCCUGGCCACAAGAGAUGGAUCUAUGGAUCCUAGGAUGUUACACUCGGGGGCCUGAAGGUUACCAGCAGUGUUGAGUGGGAUCUACUUGGGGUCCUGUCUUUCUCCACCAGCAGGGGUUUCCAAGUUUAGCCCAGUUAUCCAUUCCUCUCCUUAUUUGGGCCUUUGGGUGAUAAGGUUCAGACAUAAAGAGUCCAGUGACAAGAUCAUUCAGUCAGACCACUACGGACCAUGGCCAGUAGGAAGGCUGGGACCCGGGGCAAGGCUGCAGCCACCAAGCAGGCUCAACGUGGCUCUUCCAAUGUCUUCUCAAUGUUCGAGCAAGCCCAGAUUCAGGAAUUCAAGGAAGCCUUCAGCUGCAUUGACCAGAACAGAGACGGAAUCAUCUGCAAGUCAGACCUGAAGGAGACUUAUUCCCAGCUCGGGAGGGUAAGUGUCCCAGAGGAGGAGCUGGAUGCCAUGCUGCAAGAGGGGAAGGGCCCCAUCAACUUCACCGUCUUCCUCACGCUCUUCGGGGAGAAACUCAAUGGGACCGACCCUGAGGAGGCCAUCCUGAGUGCUUUCCGAAUGUUUGACCCGAGCGGCCAGGGAGUUGUGAACAAGGAGGAGUUCAAGCAGCUUCUCAUGACCCAGGCAGACAAGUUCUCUCCUGCUGAGGUGGAGCAGCUGUUCGCCCUGACACCCAUGGACCUGACAGGCAACAUCGACUACAAGUCUCUCUGCUACAUCAUCACCCACGGGGAUGAGAAAGAGGAGUAGAGACACACUGGGGUCACCUCAAUAAACUCUGUGCCUGAACUGAA